CCCGGGAGAAGCUUUUGUGCCUCCAAAAUAACUGAUUUUCACUUCUCAGUCCAGUUUGUAAAGGGAGAUUCAGCUUAAUUUGCAGCACUUACAAUUAGUUAAGUAAGAUGUCAUUAGGUCAGGAGCAAGGUCUAAGUUUCGUUUCCGACGACUUGGAGCCUCGCCCAAGAAUAUCCCGGUAUCCGGCACCAUUUGACUUUCCGGAGAAACCAGUCCCUCAAGUACCCGAUAUAUCACUUCUCGAGUCGGACAUCAUUUCGCUUCCUAGCAAUUCUCCUUCUCUAUCUAAAUUUCUGUCUGGAAACACUCCGAGACCAAAUGCUAAUUCGUCGCAAAAUUCUCCUGGCACAGUGACACCCUCAAGUCGAAACAGUUCUGGGAUGGUAGCAACUACUUCGCCAGUAACGAUGGUACAUUCAAGAAAUUCAGAAACGACCUCAGCAAACAAUACACUUAAUUCGACCGGCCAGGGGAAAAUUUUGAUAGAUAAAGCUAACUCUGGUCAGUCUAUGGGUGAAGAUGUUUUCAAAGAAUUGCAAUCACAACGGGAAAUGAUAGCAAGGAUGGAGGAAAAAUUAGAUAAAAUUUUGCAAUUCCAAGAUGGAUUUCUGUCCGAGAUCUUCCGUCGAGGAACCCUUAUUUCUCGCCAUGUGCAGACGGACGAGGUUAUUAAUUCUACAGAAUUGGCUCAUCGCUCCCAACCAAGCAGAACUACAACGACAACAACCACAUCAGAGAGUCGCACGCCCAGCCGAACUUCCACCCCAGCCGGGCCUCCCAAACAUCAUCAACAUUUUCACUGCAGUAAGGCGAGAAAUAGUGCGGGUGGACAAUUGGAGAGAAUUCGGACCCAGGAGAGAGGGUAUAAUAAUGACUCCCUGUCAGCUAUCCAACUUCCAAGUGUAACCCUCAAUGAACCAAGUGCCCUCAUCUCUCAGGCGAGUGAGAUAAGGUCACUUCAACUUCAGGAGUUUAACGAUGAUAGCUUUUACAGCGGAAGUGGAGACAGCCCUGUGCUUCGAAAUGGGGGACCAUUCUGUUCAGACGGGUCAUCCUCUGACGAAGACGGAAACUCGGCUUCCUCUCCUGUGAUUAAGGUGAAACCCCCGGGACAAAACGUGAUGACCAAUACAAAUCGCAUUUUGAGCGAUGCUUCACGAAUACCUAAGCAGCAGCAAAUUCCUUCUGGGGCCAACUUAUGGAAACCAUCACCUCAGCCAUCACCACAUGCGUUUGAUAAUAAUAGAGAAAGGAUUACAAACUGGAUUGCAAACGGGAUAGGAACUAGGAAUCAGUUUUCUAAAGAGAAUCGCCUUCCGUCUGAACGAAAUGGAUCUCCAGCUCAAAAUUCGUCAUCAUCAUCAUCCUCGCCCAAUGGUCAAGUGCAUUUGUGUCAUAAUCAACCUCGAUUAAAAUCCAAACCUGAAGAUGAGGUUGUCCUAAAUACAAAGAAAUAUCUGGAAACCUUGGGUGUUCGUUUUACCUCUCCGAACCGAACCAACUCACGCCCGAUGCCAAAUUUGAACCGAAACAACUACAUGAUUCAGCAAAAUGUCUACAACUCGAUCUAUAUUCCAACCGUAAAUUGUGCACCCAUAAUUCCGGAAACGAUGGAGUGCGCUAUAACUUCUGGGACGGGUUCGAAUUUUCAUACCCUUGCACAAAAGUAUGCUAAUGCAGAUGAGUUACGAGAGUUUGAUGCGAUACAAGCCAACGCUGCUGUUCCAACUGAAACCACCCUUUACGGCAUGACAGCAUCAAAUCUUUCCUUUGCUACAAAGGACUACCUUCAACGAUACGGCCUCGUUACCCAACAACCCCCACCUCAUCAAAGUCCCAAUCCAGUCAAUCCACCCCGUGUCCCAUCAAAACCACCCCAUAAAAAGUCUCCAAGUCUUAAGAGCGACAGAAUCCUUAACAUGACGGCGAUCAAGAAUCAACCCAUGCUCUUGUGAACCUAUGCAAAACAUAAUUAUGAUGGCCUACUACACUUUUGCAAUUAGUUUGCGAAUUAAUUGUAGAAGUGUAAAGAUGUGAUGGUGGAAUAAGUGCUCCGAAAGCUCGUGUGAUAUUUACAAUAAUUCGUAAAUCAUGCCCGUCCUCAGAACUAUUCUGAAAAUAAUAUUUGUAAUAAUGUGUAUUUAUAAACGUGAGAAGUAAAAUCAUGCAUCGCUUUCCAACCGAACGAA